CUUUCAUAUCUUUUUUAACCAUUUGAGAAAUCGGGCUGCCUUCUCCCCUCCCCUUCCCGAGCGGCUGGGCGACAGCAGGUGCCCGGGCGCGUGCAGCGAGUGGCAUGAACCUGGAGGGCGGCGAGUGCGGCAUGACCUCGGUGAGCUGCGGCAACGGGAAGCUCCGGCAGUGGCUGAUCGACCAGAUCGACAGCGGCAAGUACCCGGGGCUGGUGUGGGAGAACGACGAGAAGAGCAUCUUCCGCAUCCCCUGGAAGCACGCCGGCAAGCAGGACUACAACCGCGAGGAGGACGCCGCCCUCUUCAAGGCUUGGGCGCUUUUUAAAGGAAAGUUCCGAGAGGGCAUUGAUAAACCAGACCCCCCAACCUGGAAGACAAGGUUACGGUGUGCAUUGAACAAGAGCAAUGACUUUGAAGAACUGGUUGAGAGAAGCCAGCUGGAUAUCUCAGAUCCAUAUAAAGUGUACAGAAUUGUGCCAGAAGGAGCUAAAAAAGGGGCAAAACAACUCAGCAUGGAAGAUCAGCCAUUAAUGAUGAACCAUCCUUUCCCAAUGACUUCUCCUUACACUUCACUACAGCCUCAGGUGUCAAACUACAUGCUGCCUCAUGAACGGAACUGGAGAGAGUUUGCCCCAGAACAGCACCCUGACAUUCCCUACCAGUGCAGUGGUGUUCCUUUUGCCACACGUGGUCACCCCUGGCAAGGUCCUGCCUGUGAAAGUGGUUGUCAGGUGACUGGAACCUUUUAUGCUUGUGCACCACCUGAGUCGCAGGCUCCAGGAAUUCCAAUAGAGCCAAGCAUAAGGUCUGCUGAAGCUCUUGCCUUGUCAGACUGUCGACUCCACAUCUGUUUAUAUUACCGUGAAACACUAGUAAAAGAGGUGACGACUUCAAGUCCUGAAGGCUGUAUGAUAUCACAUGGCCAAAAUUAUGAGGCCAGUGGCCUGGAUCAAGUUAUCUUCCCUUACCCAGAGGACAACGCCCAGAGGAAAAACAUAGAAAAAUUAUUGAAUCACUUGGAACGGGGAGUGAUACUGAGGAUGGCGCCUGAUGGGCUUUAUGCUAAGAGACUUUGUCAGAGCAGAAUCUACUGGGAUGGGCCUCUGGCACUAUGCAGUGACAGGCCCAACAAACUGGAAAGAGAGCAGACAUCCAAGCUGUUUGAUACCCAGCAGUUUUUAGCAGAGUUGCAAGCUUUUGCCCACCAUGGACGUCCACUGCCAAGAUUCCAGGUUGCUCUGUGUUUUGGAGAGGAAUUUCCAGACCCACAAAGGCAGAGGAAGCUUAUUACAGCCCAUGUUGAACCAAUGUUUGCAAGGCAGCUGUAUUAUUUUGCUCAACAAAACAGUGGGCAUUUUCUGAGAGGCUAUGAACCUAUACCAGAACAUGUCACUAGUCCAGAGGAUUACCACAGAUCUAUUAGCCAUUCCUCUAUUCAAGAAUAAAUGUUGCAGAAUGAGCACUUUCACAACGGUGUAAAGAUUGUGCAUAAUGGAAGAUCACAUCUGGAUCAAAUUUUGGAGCUGAAUUUCUCCAGAAAAAACAAAGGGUUAAAGAUCUGAAACUCAGCUACACUGACAAUGUUGUCUAAUAUGAAAGUUGGGUCUUCAACAUUUGGAUGAUGAUGUAUCUCACAGAUUCUGCUGUUGCUGGGGAUACCUGAAAACUGACACAUUGAUUGAUAUGUUUACAUUUGUUUAAACAUGCUUCAUGGUUUUGAGGACAAUUUCUUAAGGCUUAAAUCCAGGGAUUGCAACAAGAUAUUUGCAGUUAUUUAUUUGUGAUCGGAAAUCUCAGGGAAGGCUAAUGUGUUUGCAAUAUUCCCAGCAUGAAGCUGUAGUUAGGACAGAAAAGGCUGUACCCAUUCGGUGUAGCAUUUGUAGGUUAUAUGGUGAAUAGUUAUGUGCAUAAAUGUUAAUAAUUUAGCUUUAUAAGCAGGGUAGAAAUUUUAUUCCUAUAUUCUUCUAUGAAAUGUAUCAGUGGGAUUGUUUUUAUGAUCAACUGACAUUUCUCCUCACAGUGAAUUUCAUCGCUGUUAUUGGAUUGCUAUCUAGGGGCAUUUUUACAUGUGUAAGCACUGCGGUGCUGGGUGCUUUAAAAAGCACCCAAAGCUGUGACACUUGCAGUUAUAUAAGUGGCAAAAUCCGCAUCAGCCCAAAGAAAAUGGUGGCGGUGUGCUUUUGAACUAAAACACCUAGGGUAGCAGUUGUCAGGAUGGUAAGCUUACAGUUAUGUGUUAUGAGUCUGUAGUUCACAAAACCUUUUGCUAUUUGUAUUGCAGGUAUGACUACUGACAUGAUUCUAAACAUGAGAAGAGUAGGUUUUUUGAGAAAAUAGCUAUAAACUUUUAUAACAGUUUGCUUGUCUUUGUACAUGUAUAUUAGGGUUGUGCGAAACGGCACCGUUUCU